AUGGUUAUUUUGAAAAAUCAUAGUCAUUCACAUGUAAAUCUUCCUGAGGAUAUCAUUCAGAAUAUUUUUACAUUUUUACCGAUCAAAGAUGCAAUUGCAACUUCAUCAACUGUGGCUUCUAAAUAUAAAAGAUCAUGGCGGCAUAAUCGCCGGCUCGUAUUCGAUAUAGAGUUAUAUUUCAAAUACAAUGAUCAAAAUUUGGCAAAAAUUGUUGAUCAUGUGUUCAAUUCACAUGAAGGUGCUGAAAUUGAAACAUUUCAGCUACGCAUCAAUCCUUACGGGAUUGAAGUUUUGCUUAAGAAAUGGUUACAAAUAUGCACUCAAAAGAAUUUAGAAGAACUUGAUUUACAUCUUUUCCAAUCUAAUUUUACAGUUGAAUUUAGUGUUUUUAACGCACUACAUAAGUUAAAAACACUUAAACUAGCUAGGUGUGUAAUCGAGUUACCACAAAUUCCGAAUGGUUUGAAAUUUUUGAAAACACUUUGUUUACAUAACCUCCACAUCACUGAAGAUGUGUUCGAUAUAUUGAUUAAGCAUUGUAAAAUGCUUCAAGUUGUUGAUUUGGUUCAAUGCUUUACAAUUGAGAAAUUAAACUUAAUUGCUAGAGAACAUAAAUAUUUCAAAAAAUUGAAAAUUGUCCGAUGUCAAGACUUGAAAGAGAUUCAAAUUGAUUCACCAACUCUUCACUCAUUUUUUUAUAGUGGAAAUUUUUUAAUAGUUCGAAUCGCACAAGGCAUGCAAUUAUACGAGGCUUCCUUGAUCUUUAUACCUUCAAAAAACUACAUUCAAUCUAGCAAGCUCGAAGCUCUAGUGAAUGAUAUCUCUCAUGUCUCCAUUCUUACCAUUACACCUCUACUCAUUGAGGGUAUAUCAGCAAGGAUUCGUGAUGGAGUAUUUCGAGAAGCACAAUAUUGUUUUAUGAAUCUGAGAGAGCUUCAAUUAUUGAUGGAAGGAGGAAUGUUUUGUAAUCCAUAUGAUAUAACCAUGUUUCUUAAAAAUUGUCCAUCUUUGACGAAAUUAUUCAUUGAUCUUGAUGGUUAUCAAUUUGACUUGGGAGUAUAUUGGGAAAUGCAUCAAAAACACUUGCUUGAAAAUUGCGAUCACAAAUUUACUCAACUCAAUGUUGUAGUGCUUAGAAAUUUUAAAUUUCUACCUGCUGAACUUGAGUUAGUAAAAGCAAUUUUGCAAAGAGCAACUAUUUUGGAGAGGAUGAUUUUUGUUCCACCAAAGAAAAAGGGUCGAAGCAUGUUUAAAAGUGAAGAUGCACCUAGAUAUGAUGAACUUUUUUGUUCUUGGAGAUCAUCGACAAGAACAAGAGUAAUGUUGCAUGAAAAAUGUGUUGAGAUGACUUUCCUAAAUCCAACUCAUUCAAAAUCUUGGAUAGACGCAUGUUGA